UUCUGUAAACCAGAAAAGCGGUGCACAACAACACGGCGUGUAAAUAAAUAAAAUAACACAAAUUUACAUAUUUGAAAUCAAAAGAAAAACACAAAUACGUAAAUAUUCAACUUUUCUAUUAUCAACGACGGAAUCUUGAAGCUACGCAGAUCGCGACCACUUGCAAGCGCACACACAUGAACACAUGUACAUAUGUAUGCAUCUAUAUAUGUGUUUCGAUAUGAAAAUGGCACGGUGCCACCACGACAACAACCGCAGUCAACCGCUCUCUUUCAACACGAUUCGCGGAAUGAGCGCAACGGCGAAAACCGUUCGCAAGAUCUGUCGUACGAAGAGCGUUUGACGUCGACAGAAAACGCUCUUUUAAUAGCGCUGGCGAACUCACCAUGCACUAAGUCAGUAAAUAGCAUGGUGCCUACUCACUAACUAUUUUCGUUUGGUCUUUUUUUAGUAAGUUUGGAUUUCUCGUUCACUGUCAAUUUUUUGUAAGCAAUGUUUUGCCGCUUUGGGCGUUUUUCACACACUUACAUACUUGUACAUGUGUAAAUAACAAUACCACAAAUCCGCCACACACCACAAGCUUAAGCGCUGCUUUGCUUUGUUAGCAAAUUUGUUUGAAAACACAAAAUUUUGUAAAACCAAAGAAUAAAAAAAACGCACGAAAAUUAAGAAGAACUGUUCGAACAACAGAAAUUGCAAACCGUUGACAGAUUGGAAUUUGGUAUUUUUCAAACGCGCCAACAGUCACAACAGCAACAGCUACUACAAUUCGGAAUUUCUGCACGCUUGCAAAGUAAUUUCCCACAAGUGAAAACGCAAAUAAAUAAAAACAAUUUUAAAUUAAUCGCCGUCGUUAAUUGCAAUACAAAGGUGCAACUGCAACACACGCACGGAAAUGAAAAUGAAUUUAUCACGGAUCACAUUCGGAACGCAACAAGCACGAUAAACAAAACACAAAAAUACACGUCACAUCGUCGCGCGAAGCUCUUUACAACUGUCCACUACGCUGGCACUGGAGUCAAUCUCUACCAACAGCAAGCAGCAGCAGUAGCAGCAGCAUACAUUUCAUUGCUCACUCGCUUGCCGUCAGUUUCAUACUUUUAUUUUUCGUAUUCUUUGUCCAUUUGACACUUCGCUAAGUAAGAGGCCACUUGGCGUCCGCACGUUUCGAUAAUUGUCGCUUCAGCACGGCAUCAUUGACAACAACUGACUGUCCGUGCGAGAGCGAGCGUUCAAUAGUACACGCCGUGGCAUCUGCUGCUGCCGCAAUCACAAACUCAACACAAUCACAACAACACAACUGCAGAACAUCACAACAAUCGCGGCAAAUAGACGAGCUGGCUGAAAGCAAGCCAGUCAACUAGGGUAGUGCGCGAAUAGCUGUUGGAGAACCGGCGCAAGCAAUAACGUUCGCAUUGGAACACCCUGUUGGGAGUGGGCGGGCGCGCACACGACGUAGCACCACCACAUUGUACGAGUAACCGGUUAUGCGGAGUUGUAUGGCACCAAACAAGUAUGGUGGAAAAUGUCUGCCUCAGAGGGUGACCAGCAUGUCGAGAAACAAAUUUAAAAAGGAAACGGAUAUGAGCCUGAUGAUGUCUAAUUUGGUAUGCUUCGCCAAUAAGUGUAGCAAAUUCCGUAACUUAUGGCAACUACAAACAACAAGCUAAUUAAUUCAUCACUUGAUUUUGUUAAAAUACGCUCUUGGCGCACAUUCUCCAUGCUCUGACUGAGUGCUCAUUCAUCUCCAAGUAGCUUUGGCUAUGGCAGAACGCGCUGGAGUCUAACGAAGAGAGCGUUACAGUUGGAGUGUUGUGAACACAAUAAAGAACAGCAAGUAGCAGUUAAGUGAUUAGUUGAAAUUUGAGAAGCCAAUAGAAAACAGCUGUUUGAAAGUCCACAAAGCAAACUCAUUUUUGAUAAGAUUACAUUUCAAUAUAAAACAAAAAUAAGAUUUCAAUCGCGCAUAUAGAAAUUUGAAGUUGCAGAUUUUGCAGUGUAAAGACAAGAGACUCGCCGUCGAAAGUAAACACGACGCAGUAAAGCGUAAAGAUUGCAAGAGAAAAAAAAGUCACAUACUUGCAGAAGCAGCUGAUAUCAUGAGUAACGCAACUGCAACGACGUCUCAUCAACGCCGCAUACUCUGUGUGGGCAUGUGUGUGUUGGACGUCAUACAUGUGGUGGAGCAAUAUCCCGCGGAGGACACCGACAAGCGCUGUCUAGCCGGCUAUUGGCAACGCGGCGGCAAUGCUUCCAAUAAUUGCACUGUGCUGCGGCAACUUGGCGCGCCACAAGUCGAAUUUCUGGGCAUGUUAAGCGCUUCACCUGCCUUUGGAUUCCUGUACGAAGACUGCCGCAAGCGUAACAUUAUUAUCGAGAAUUGUCCAAAGACCGAUAUGGAUCCACCAUUUUCUUCGGUCAUACUCAACAAAGCCACCGGCACACGUACAAUCAUUCACUCAAAUCCCGGCUUUCCACCUUUGCAAUAUGAACAGCUCACGUCACUUGACUUAAACAACUAUGGCUGGGUACAUUUCGAAGGACGCAAUAAUGAGUCGGUGCUGAAGCUUAUACAAAACAUACGUAACUAUAAUAUAGAGUUGCGAAACCCAAAGGAUCGUAUACGCAUAUCCGUUGAUUUGGAGAAAAUGAAAGAUGAAAUACUGGAGCUGGGCGAGGUGGCUGAUUUUGUUUUUUUGGGCAAAGAUUUGGCAAUACACUUGGGCUGGCGCGAACCGGCGGCAGCUGUAAUGGGUUUAUAUGACAGGAUCAAACCACAGAAGCAGUUGGGUGAUUCGAAGCCGGCUAUUAUAUGCCCGUGGGGUGCGGAGGGCGCCGCUUGCGUAGAUGCGCUGGGCAAUUAUGUAUUCAUACCGUCGAAACCGGUGUCCGAAAUUGUGGACUCGCUUGGCGCAGGCGAUACCUUCUGCGCUGCCGUUAUAUAUGCAUUACAAGUGCUGCAGAAAGGUUUACCGGAGGCAGUGCUCUUUGGACACGAUGUUGCUGGUUACAAACUGCGUUAUCGCGGUUAUGAUGACAUCAAGCACUUUCGGUAAGAAAGUCGCAAAGAUAGAAACUAUUAUUACUCACGAUAGCACAUGCUUGUAUAUCGAUUAUUAUAAACCGUUAUAAUAUAUCGUAGCUAAUUUUAGUCAGUCGCAUAGAAAAUUAUUAUACAUUUAAUGGUGACUUUUUAAAUAAAUGAAAUCUAUUAAAAUUGCAAAACAAAAAGUUGACUUUACUUGCCUGUAGAUGGCACUUGUCCGCUUCUAGCGUUUUGCUUCGAUUUUGUUGUCGAAAGUUUGACUACAGGUUUCGACAUGUUCUAUCAGUUACAAAUUAAACGCAGGAAAAAUUAGUGUAAAAACGUUUGUACUCAAUCAAAUUUAUAUUUGUAUUGCCGAAACCUUUUUAUUUCUGAUCAAAAUUCCAAAGACGUCAAAAUGUUUUCCUCAAUUAAUUUUCUAUUUCUGAUAUCGCUGGCGGUCACCACGUGGAUCAUACUCUGCUAUUUCAAGCAAAUCGAACAGCAACGCGAAGAUCCAAUGACCAUUGAGGUCCAUAUGAAUAACGCAUAUGAAGAAACUCUGAGGGGAAAAGCCUGCUUUGGGAAUUAUGAUAUUUAUUUGAACUUUCUGGCCAUUUUUGCGUGUAUUUAUGCGCUGGCGAAGGUGGCAACUUAUGCUGAAACUUACGUUGCCCAAAAGGUGCAUGAGCGCUUCAAACUAGCGCAGCUGCCGAGCAAUAGAUCUGUGGAGCCAACCAGCAUGGAAGAGUUUCGCACACAGCACAUGCAACUUACCAUGCAAAUCGAGUACUUGGAGAAGGAGAACGCCACAUUGGCACAGAAAGUGAAACAACUGGAACAUACUAACUUUAUAUUGGGGGUGAAUAAGUUCAGCAGUAGCGCCGCGACAACUAGUACCAUGCGUAUGCUUGCCGACGCUGGCAAUAUUCAAAUGCCGCAGGAAAGUCAUAAAACAACUUCAAAUGGUAUGCUGCAUACUUUACGCCCUAAUGGAGUUGACAAUGCCCUAGGUGGCGUAGAAGUUACCUGCAAUCAUACUAAAGCGAUCAGUGGCGAUGAUGACGUUGAAAAGGACAACAAUAAUUCCGGCUUUGCUGCCGCUGGAGGUCUUUUCUGUUUUCGGAAUGUAAUCAUUCAAGAUAAUCAUUUUCAGCGGACACGUCAGGUAUAUGUAAAUGAGGGCAAUGUAAAAUUGCAAUUUCAAGACUUUAACCAAGAAGGUGACCACAUCACGCAGAUCUGGCAGAAAUAUUUGGAAAUGCAAAAGUAUGCGUUACAAAAGCCGACCACGUCUCAUAGUGCAACGGAAGUGGCAAAUGCUGGGCCUAUUGUUGUAUCCACCGAAGAACUACAAACGAUGCAAGGUACCGAUCAGCAAAGGGGCAAGCGUCAACCACAACGCACACCACACGCCGUCCUGCCAACAACCUCCACCACCAAAAAUUUUCCCAACUCUCACACAACAACGCACACAUAUAUGCACAUCCCGCAAACAACGCUGACUUUACCCAUACAAAUUUACUAUAAAAAUCUGUUAAUUUGUCUAUUGUGUUGGUUCUUUUGAGUUCGAAUGUGCUAUUAUGUCUCACUUGAACCUUCCUUCUCACAUCUCAAUAUUUGCAGGAUGCAUUUUGACAAAUUCAAAUAAUAUGGAAUAAUGAAAAACAGAAUCCACUGCGGCAUUUUUUAUUUCUAUGAAAAAUCGGUUACUGCAUAAUGUCCUAUGAAAUAAAUUUGAGCCACAUUAAUAGUUGUGUUAGAGCAAUGUUCGAAAAUUCAAGGUCUUAACUGAACCAAGCCAAAAAAGGUAUUACCGUCAUCGUCGGAUGCCGUUCUGGGCUUCAACAGUUUAAAUUCGUUGUCCAAUAAAAUUUAUUUGUUAUUUAUGUUGUAUAUUUUUAUAAAAUGUUUCUUAAAAAUUGUAAAUUUGUAUGUGAAAAUACACAUGUUUGUAUAUAUGUACGCAUAUGUAAAAUGUGGUUACGUGAACUUAAA